AUGAAGACUAGCAUUCUCUCUGUUGCUUUAAUUCUUCUUGCUUUCAUUUCAUGCUUAGCCGCCUCAUCUGCAGACAAAUUUCUUGAAUGUCUGUCCAAACAAUUCAACAACUAUUAUUCCAUAUCCAACAAUGUUUACACCCCAAUCAACUCUUCUUAUUCAUCAAUCUUGGAAACUUCCAUCCAGAAUCUGAGAUUUUCCCCCUCAGAUUCAACUUCAAAACCGCAAGUGAUCAUAACCCCAGAACACGAAUCUCAGAUCCCGCCGGUCAUUUAUUGUGCCAAAAGGACUGACAUACAAAUUAGAACCCGAAGCGGCGGCCAUGACUUCGAGGGACUAUCUUAUGUCUCACAGAUCCCGUUCGUGAUCAUCGAUUUGAUCAAUUUUAGCGAUAUCACAGUCGAUGUGGAGACGAAAACCGCGUGGGUUGGACCCGGUGCAACCAUUGGUUCUUUAUACUAUCGGAUUUUCGAGAAAAGCCCGGUUCUAGGGUUUCCCGGCGGCAACUGCCCAACCAUUGGCCUCGGCGGGCACUUCAGCGGAGGAGGCGUCGGCCUAAUGCCGAGAAAAUACGGCCUCGCCGCAGAUAACGUCGUCGACGCGAGAAUAGUUGAUGUCAGCGGCAGAAUCCUUGACAGGAAAUCGAUGGGAGAGGAUCUUUUCUGGGCCAUUAGAGGCGGCGGAGGCGCCAGUUUCGGCGUGAUCACCGCCUGGAAGGUGCAACUGGUGGAUGUUCCAGAAACGGUCACUGUUUUCAGAAUCAGCAGGGCGCUAGAACAGAACGCGACUCAACUGGUCCACCUUUGGCAACACAUUGCUCCUAACCUCGACAAAGAUCUGCUCAUCGCAGUCGAUGCUUCGAGGCAAAAUGACACCAUUGAGGUGUUGUUUUACUCUAUGUUUCUUGGCGGGAUCGACAAAUUGCUCUUGACCAUGAAACACAGCUUCCCGGAGUUAGGGUUAGUGAGAGAAGACUGCACCGAAAUGAGCUGGAUCCAAUCCGUGGUGUAUAUAGCUGCUCGUUUCCCCAUUGAAACAUCGCCCCGAGUUCUUCUCAAUAGAAACAAUCCGUUUAAAGGAUACUUCAAGGCCAAGUUGGAUUACGUGCAAGAGCAGAUUCCUGAGUCCGGAAUCGAAGGCGUCUGGAGACAUCUGCUCGAGCUGGAAGCUGGGCAAGCUCGUGUCGAGAUGGUUCCUUAUGGUGGAAGAAUGGCAGAGAUUUGCGACUCUGCCAUUCCUUUCCCGCACAGGGCGGGAAACUUGUACGAAGUCAUCCAGAUGGUGACUUGGGACGAAAAGCAGAAUGAAGAUUCGGAAAAGUACAUAAGCUUUAGCAAAAGGCUUGAGAGUUACUUGACUCCUUAUGUGUCGAAGAAUCCGAGGGGAGCGUAUCUCAACGCCAGAGAUCUCGACCUUGGAGUCAAUAAUGUUCGAGGAAAGACGAGCUACGAGCAAGCUAGCGUUUGGGGGAAGAGAUAUUUUAAGAACAAUUUCGAGCGUCUUGUUCGGGUGAAAACUGUGGUUGAUCCCGAGAAUUUCUUCAGAAACGAACAGAGCAUUCCGCCGUUUCACUCGCAUUGAGAUUGGAUUGUGUUUCCGACACAUAAUGUUUCGUCUGCAGAUUUCUUCAUGUGGCAAAUAAAAUCAGACAUCUUCUUUUGAUUGUUUUUGGUUGUGGAAAAUAUGCAUGUAAUAAUUAUUUUUAAGUCAAUUUUUUUAUAACAAA